AUGACGUCACCGCGGCGGCGGAGGGGGACCCCGCCAUGAGCCUGGCGGAGGGCCGCGCCCCGCGGCGCACGGCCGGUAACCGCCUGUCGGGGCUGCUGGAGGCCGAGGAGGAGGACGAGUUCUACCAGACCACGUACGGCGGCUUCACCGAGGAGUCGGGCGACGACGAGUACCGGGGCGAUCAGUCGGACAGCGACGAUGAAGUGGACUCGGACUUCGACAUCGACGAGGGCGAGGAGCCGACCAGCGACCAGGACGAGAGCGAGCCCAAGCGGCGCCGCCGCAUCAUCACCAAGGCCUACAGGGAGCCCCUCAAGAGCCUUCGCCCCAAGAAGGCGGAUGCCCCCAGCAGCAGCUCCCAAAAGGCCCGAGAGGUGAAAUCGGCCCCCUUGGAGCUCCAGGAUGAAGUGGGAGACAGCCGGAAGCACAUGCGGCAGUCGACAACGGAGCACACGCGCCAGACCUUCCUGCGCAUCCAGGAGCGCCAGGUGCAGUCCAAGCGCAAGAAGGGCGGCCCCAACUACGACCGCCCCCUGACGCAGGAGGAGCUGCUGGAAGAGGCCAAGAUCACGGAGGAGAUCAACCUCCGCUCCCUGGAGAACUACGAGCGUCUGGAGGCCGACAAAAAGAAGCAAGUCCAGAAGAAGAGAAAGUGCGUGGGGCCUGUCAUCCGGUACUGGUCUGUCACCAUGCCCCUCAUCACAGAGCUGGGCAAGGAGGAGAACGUGGAUGUGGAGGGGUUGGACCAAGACCUGCAGCAGGCAGAAGCGGCCCCAGCCGUGGCUCCAGCCUCUGCCGGGAAGUGCUCCCGCACCUUCAUCUCCUUCACCGACGACGAGACCUUCGAGCGCUUCUUCCCCAAAGCGAAGCCGCCGCGGCUGCCGGUGAGGGAGAUCUGCCCCGUCACCCACAAGCCGGCCGUCUACCGCGACCCCAUCACCGACAUCCCCUACUCCAACAUCCGCGCUUUCAAAAUCAUCCGCGAGGCCUACAAGAAGUACAUCACGGCGCACGGGCUGCCGAGCGCCGCUGCCACUGCCGCCCUGGGGGCCGCCCCCCCCGGCCCCGACCCCGGUGUCCGCGCCACCCGCCAGAAGAUCAUCAUCAAGCAGAGCGUCCCCGCCACCUGAGGGCCCGGGGCUGCACACGGACGGCUCUGGAUUGUUCUUUGCCGUGCUCCAGCUCGCACGGGCGAUGGUUUGUUGCUCUAUUUAUCGACUUUAUACUUUUUUUUUUUAAUAAAAAAAAAAAAAUCCCAGUAACAAGCGUGCA